CUGAAAUACAAAGGAAAUAGCUGUGCAGUUUUACUUUCAAUACACUUUUCUCAACUCUCUAGAAGUGAGCUGGAGGGAUCAUGGCUGACACAGUCCUGAAGGAGAAAAGGAAGCUGUUGGUGGAAUCAAUGGGCAAGGGUUUAAUCAAUGGAUUACUGGAUGAUUUAUUGGAAGUAAAAGUGCUGAAUCAAGAAGAAAUGGAGAUAGUGAGGGAGGAAAAUAAAACAAUCAGGGAUCAGGCGAGACUGAUUGAUAUUGUCACUCGCAAAGGUUCCAAAGCCAGCCAAUAUCUUAUUAAAAGUAUCAUUGAAAGAGAUGGACAUCUUGCAGACCAACUUGAUCUGUCUUCAGCUCCUCAGGCAAUCCAGGCCAAUGCCACAAACACACUCAAGCUUUGUUCCUAUGAAGACUUCCAAAGGAUAAGGAAGGAGAUGGCAGGACAGAUAUACCCAGUGAUGGAGAAAGAAGGCCGCACACGCCUGGCACUUAUUAUCUGUAAUGUGGAGUUUGAUCAGCUAACUCGGCGUAAUGGAGCUUAUAAUGACAUCAUAGGAAUGCAAGACCUUCUUGAGGGUCUGGGUUACAGAGUAAAUGUUGAAAAGAACCUCACAGCUUUGGAAAUGGAGUCAAAGCUGAAGCAAUUUGCCUCCUGCCCAGAGCACCAGACUUCAGAUAGUACUUUUUUGGUGCUCAUGUCUCAUGGUGAGCCAAGAGGCAUCUGUGGAAAGGAUUACACAGAAAAAGCUCCCCAAAUACUACCUGUUGACAGGAUCUUCCAAAUUUUCAACACCAGCAACUGUCCUAGUUUGAAGGACAAGCCCAAGAUCAUUAUCCUUCAGGCUUGCCGAGGGGGAAAUUCAGGGAUUGUUUGGGUCAAUGAUUCAGCAGCACCCUCUGCAGACAAGUAUCCCCAGGAUCCACACAUCUUUGAAAAUGAUUCUCUCUGUAAGGCCCAUGUGGAGAAGGACUUCAUUGCUUUCUGCUCAUCAACUCCAAAUAACAUGUCUUGGAGAGACAGAGAGAUCGGCUCUCUCUUCAUCAUCAAAUUGAUUGAUUGCUUCAGAGAAUAUGCAUGGUGCUCUCACUUGUAUGCUAUUUUCUGUAAGGUCCAGCAAUCAUUUGAGAUCCCAAUGGAGAAGAUGCAAAUGCCCACCAUUGAAAGAGCAACAUUAACAAAGGAUUUCUAUCUUUUUCCUGGCAAUUAAAAUUAUUAAGCAACAGAAACAGUGGCUGUUGGCAGCUCAAGAAAUUACAAGUGAUGCACUCUUUUUAUAGCUACCUUUUGUGGAAGGAUGUUUUCAGUAUGGGGAUUUUUGAUGUUGUGAUUGCCUGGUUUUUCUUUAAACAGUCCAAUAAAUACUAAGUCAAAUAA